AUGUGGCACGUGAGAACAAUUACGGCAGUCAGAGCAAGAAAGAGCCAUACAAAAAAGAAUACCCAGACAGAAGAGAAAAUCAGCAGCACAGAAAAGAUUGACACGGGCAGGUCAGAGGAAGAGGAGGACGAGAAAUGGCAGAGACCACCGAAAAUGUAUAACAAAUACAGGGACACUAAGAAGUACUGUGAUUUUCACAAGGAUCAUGGUCAUCUCACAGAGGAGUGCACUCACUUGAAAGAUAACAUUGAGGACCUGAUCCGAAGGGGGUACCUAACACAAUUUAAAGCAAAAAGCUCGUAUAGCAGGACCUACGAAAACAGGGAUGAUGAUGGUCGAUUCGAUAACAGAAAGACAGAGCAAAAACAGAACCACCCAACAGAUCAGAAGAGGUCGAAUGAUAUACUGGUCAUAACAGGAGGACCAGUUUACGCCGGUACUACAGCCAGCGGUGCUAAGGCCAGUGUGAGCGAAUUUAAACACCAGGUUAAUUACCAUAACUUAGGAAAAUGGCCUGCCCCUCCAAAAAUCCCACAGUGCACCUUUACGGAAGAUGAUUGUAAGGGCAUAAUUUACCCCCAUGAUGACCCAAUGGUGUUAGCUCUGGAUGUGGCUAACAGAAAAAUCCAUCGAAUCCUGAUAGACGGAGGCAGCUCUGCAAAUAUUCUAUUCUGGCCAGCUUUCCAAGAGCUGCAGAUCGAAGAAAAACACAUAAAACCAGUUAACUACCCAGUAAUUGGCUUCACAGGGGCAACGGUGAUACCAGAAGGAAUAGUCAGCUUACCUGUCCAAAUUGGGCAGGGAAAAGAUAUCAAGGAUGUCAUGGUUGAUUUCAUGAUAGUGAAAGUACCUGCAGCAUACAACGCCAUUCUGGGCAGACCAUUUAUCCAUGAUGCAGGGGCAGUGGUGUCUACUUAUCAUCUCACCAUGAUGUACACAACGAAUGAUAACAGAUCAGCUAAGGUCAAGGGAAAUCAAGAACAGGCCAAGAGAUGCUACCACACAGCCCUGAAACAGCCACCCAGACCCCCACCCAUGGCAGAGGCAGACAUUCCCUUGUCUAGAAAGAGAAAGAGAGCAGAGCGUAAAAAAGACGCACUACUGGACAUGGAAAAUUUUGAGCAUCGUGAAGAAGGACUGUUAAAGCCAGCCCCAACAGAAGAAACAUAG